GCAGGCGGCCUUGCGCUGCACAUGACCGGCAAGACUGACUGUUGAUGUUGGAGCAGCCGCAAAAGAGCAACCGCGCAAAGGAAUAGGCGUUGAGCCACCACCAUCAAGAGCUGGAUUGCAUGCGAUGGCGAAGGCGAAGGCGCGCGCAACUCCACCGACCGACCGAGAGGACCAACUUGAGGGAUUUGGUGGCACAAAUUCGUUAGUUUUAUUUGUGAACCCGUGGUCUUAAGACGUACAUCGCGGACGCGCGUUCGCGUUCCUCGGAAUCCUUGGAACAAACCCCAGGCGAUUGUUUUCCACCAGAAGAAGUUUCCAAGCAAGAAUCGUACGUUGAGUGCCCUGAGAUAUACAGCUCGGUUCGCAGUCGUCGGAGGUGUGAUUUCUCCCACAAGAAAGCAACAUACCAACAUCAGCAACGUGCACAAUUCGUAAAGAGGCAGACAAGUGGACUUGGACAAACUGUGAGAAAAGCAGGAAAAAAGGCGCAAGACUGACUUAAAACUUCUUUAUGAGCACACGUUGAGUGAAGUUAGACACUUUAUGGCUUGGCAAAACUUGUCUUGGUGAAAAUCGUGCAUCGUGUAACACAGCAACAAGUGGAUUCAACCGAAAGAAAACAAAGAAGAAAGAAAAUUGUUCAGGGAAGAAAAGCAAGUGACAACUUGGAAAGACAUUCAGCAGUGGAGCAGAAAAAAACGAAAAUCAACUAGUGUUACAAUUAUUAAGUAAUUCGAGCGAUUAUCUCCGAACUUACACACACAUACCCGGAGUGGAGCCCGGCAUCAGGUGGAUAAGUGGCCGACAUUCAUCGAGAGCAUUACGCUAGUCGUGUGGGGAAUCGACUUUUAGAGUGAGGGCGGCAGCAUUAGGUUUUUUGCGGCAGCACGCGAGCUUUUCAGCCAAAGACAUGGAGGAAGAAAAAGGCCUGCAAUUGUGGAUUAUCUUUCGAAUGUGAGCAUUUUAUGGACAACUAGUGGACGUUUUACCCAUGCAGAAAACGUAGCGCCAACUCCGAAGCAAAACGCCCAGCACAUCCAGAUUUGAACAGGGUGAAACCAACGUCUCCAGAAUCCAAACGAAACUUUUUCUUCGCUCGCGGCGAAGUAAAUUAUGUACCGUCGCAUUCAGAGCCAACCGCACACGAGAGCUACUAGUAAAAAUUGGCGCAAAUAUCCGAAUUCGUGAGACCGGUGGCACACCGAGCCUAUCUUUUGUAAUUAUCUAGUAAAUUUUCGACUAAGUUGUUCUUGAAUCGUUUUAGCAAUGGUAUUCAACGUACUUAUAGCAUCAUCUGUGAUCAAAACAGCCACUGUAGUAGGCUCUAGUCUAUGGCUCAUCCCAUUUUUAUUGGGAGCUAUAUCAUAUUAUCGCUAUGAUCGGGUCGAUCCAGAGUCCCGAGUCAUCGAUCAACAGAGUCUCUACCCGGAAUAUGAUUUCAUAGUAGUGGGUGGCGGUUCAGCUGGUGCUGUAGUGGCUAAUAGGUUGACGGAAGUGAGCAGAUGGAAAGUGUUGCUCCUCGAAGCUGGUCCUGAUGAAAACGAAAUAUCCGACGUUCCAUCGCUUUCCGCUUAUCUGCAGCUAAGUAAGUUGGAUUGGGGAUACAAGACAGAGCCUACAGGUAAAGCAUGUCUUGGAAUGGUGAACAAUCGCUGCAAUUGGCCGAGAGGCAAAGUCUUAGGAGGCUCUAGCGUACUAAACUAUAUGAUCUAUGUGAGAGGAAACAGAAACGAUUUCAACCACUGGGAAUCGCUUGGUAAUCCCGGAUGGGGAUACAAUGAUGUUUUGCAAUAUUUCAUCAAGUCGGAAGACAACCGAAAUCCAUAUCUUGCCAGAAACCCCUACCACGGUAAAGGUGGAUUACUAACGGUCCAAGAAGCGCCAUGGCAUACACCAUUGGUAGCAGCAUUUGUAGAAGCUGGGACAGAAAUCGGUUACGAAAAUCGUGAUAUCAACGGAGCUCAUCAAACUGGCUUCAUGAUCGCUCAGGGAACAAUUCGUCGUGGUAGUCGAUGUAGUACAGCAAAAGCCUUUCUCCGACCAAUACGAUUGAGAAAAAAUCUACACACAGCUUUGAACUCACAUGUCACAAAGCUAUUGAUCGAUCCAGUAACCAAAAAAGCAGUUGGAGUUGAGUUCUUCCGGCAAGGAAAACGACAUUUUGUCAAAGCUAAGCGGGAAAUUAUAAUGUCGGCUGGAUCGAUUAACACACCGCAGAUAUUGAUGCUGUCCGGCAUUGGACCAAAAGAACACCUAAGCGAAGUGGGCAUCAAAACCAUAGUCGAUCUACCAGUAGGAAAGAAUAUGCAAGAUCACGUCGGAAUGGGUGGUCUCACAUUCCUGGUAGAUAAGCCAGUAGCAAUCUUGCAAAACCGAUUAGAGGCAGCUUCCGUAACUAUGAACUAUGUGAUCAACGAACGAGGACCAAUGACCGUAUUGGGUGGACUAGAAGGAAUCGCUUUCGUGAACACUCCGUUUGCAAACGUUUCCCAAGAUUGGCCGGACAUUCAAUUCCACAUGGCACCAGCCUCUUUGAACUCAGACAGUGGAGCACGAGUGAAGAAAAUUCUAGGACUUAAAGAAAGCCUCUAUCAAGAAGUAUUCAAACCAAUUCACAACACGUACAGCUGGACCAUUAUGCCCCUACUCCUGCGACCUAGAUCGCGUGGUUGGGUUCGUUUGAAAUCGAAAAAUCCCUUCCACUAUCCUCUCAUGAAUCCAAACUACUUCGAAGAUCCAUUCGAUGCAUUGACGCUAGUCGAAGGCGCCAAAAUUGCACUACGAGUGGCAGAUGCAAAGGUUUUCAAACAGUUUGGCAGCCGGUUGCAUCAGACCCCACUUCCCAACUGCAGGCACCACAAGUUCCUUUCGGAUGCCUAUCUGGAUUGCCAGGUACGAACGAUCUCAAUGACCAUCUACCAUCCAGUGGGGACGGCCAAGAUGGGCCCGGAAUGGGAUCCAGAAGCCGUAGUCGAUCCCCGAUUACGAGUUUACGGCGUAUCUGGGCUGCGAGUCAUAGACGCUAGCAUAAUGCCAACGAUAGUAAGUGGCAACACCAACGCAGCAGUGAUUAUGAUUGGCGAGAAAGGCGCGAACAUGAUCAAAGAAGACUGGUUGGGUAUUAGUUGAUUACCUACAUCGGACUACAUCUUAUGUAGAUCUACGGGUGAAACGAACUUGUCCAAUUCGACUGUUUACUUGUAAGUGAAUGAUGGAUAGGCGUUUAGAUUAAUGAACAAAUUAAAAGGAAUAAUGUGUGCCAUUUUGCGAUGAUGAUUAUAGCUAUGUUGUGUAAUGUAAGAAGAAAGUAAUUGUAAUAAAAUGAGAAACUACCUGCUGUUUGUCUGAUUAUGAGAUUGUCAGUGCUUUAGAAGUACCUCGAACAUAAUUAUAACAAAACCAGAGUUACCCCUAGUACCGUAGGAACAAGAAAAACACCAAAAAACGACGAAUAAAAACAAAUAUAAUUACCAUGCA